ACAUGGAGCAGAAUCCAAUCCAAUCAAAGCCCGAAGUACUUUCCGUCGCGCGUUUCAAAAAUUUGUUCGGUGGUCGUCGUGCUCGUUGCUACUUCGGCGGCUUCUCUCCCAGAAAAUAUAAAGAUGCCUUGCACCAAGCCGGUGGUACUGCGCAAGUCCCGUUCCAGCGUGGCUCCCACCCAGGCAGCCGUCCGCCGGACCAUGCUGGAGUUGAUGGAGGCGCGGCUGCGGGACGUUGAAGUGGGCAUCGUAGCCGCCUUUGAAACGAUGCACUCCGACGCGCAGGCCAUCUGCGAGAAGUCCACCACAUACAUCAACGAAAUCAUUCUGGACUUCGAGCACACUGGACUUUUGGACAAGAACUUCCUGGAGGUUAUGGGCGAAAAAGAGUCGGACAUCUACGCAUUCACGGACUCCGACACUUCCUCAGGCUGCACUGUCCCCAGCACUUCCAAUUUCAGUUCUGACCCCAUAACAAGCACCAUGAUAAAGCAAACCAAGGGUAGAGGGAGGGUACCCAAGAAGACUUCUGGCCAGAAGGCCAAGCCCCGGGCCAAGCGGGGUGCCAAGAAGGUGGAGGACGGCGGGCCGAGGGGUCACAAGGGGUCGAGCUCGAGCAGCCGGCUGUCCAGAACCCCCUCCAGGAACCCUCGCUCCCUGUCCCGCAUGGUCAUCACACCAAAGUUUGACACCAGGCGGGGACGGACCCCGUCGACCGCACGCCGUGCCAAGGCGGGGGAGGUCCUGGUGUCCCUGUCCGGUAGCCCAGUGCAGAACGAGAACAUGGCCCCCCUCAAACCAAUCAUUACGCUUCCGCUCGGCAACGGAAAGGUCCUCAACAUUGACCCAGAUGUUUCGCGCAUAGACUUGGAGGGCCUGGGCAAGAACGCAACACAAAACCUCAGAAGGCUGCGAAAGGCUCUGACAAAGUACAUUGAAAAGGCCGAUUGUCCCUGAAGCUCCCCGACCUGUGAACCUCUUUUUAUCUCGUAUUGAAUGUGUGUGUAUUGUGUUUCUUUUUAUCCUAUUGACAGCACAUAAAAUCUUUUGUGCAUUUC